GCGUGGCUGGGGGAAAAUUAGUCUUCCAGUCACGUGAGCAGCGUCUCCGCUCCUCCUGGUCUUUGUUGUGGUGGCAGACGCCUCCUCCUCUUCCUCCUUUCCCCACUCUUCCUCCGGCCGGAAGAAGAACGGCAAGGAUGCUUCCACGUCGCGUCCGCUGCGCUCCUUGAAGCUUUUCCGAGCUCUCUUUACCCCCUCUUCCUCCAUGAUGGCGUCGGGCACGGCGCUCCGGUGCCUCGUGUUCGCGUGCGUGUUGUCGCUGCUGCUCGACGUGCCCGAGGCGCGCGCGUCCUACCAGCCGGAAUGUAAAAACAAAGACUGUGCUGCAGGGGCAUCUGAGAAGAAGAGCGACCUGAGGGUGUGUGACGAGUCGUCGUGUAAGUUCGGAGGCGUCUGCAGAGACGACGGCUCUCAGCUGAAGUGUGCGUGUCAGUUCCAGUGCCACAAGAACUACGUGCCCGUGUGCGGCUCCAACGGAGACACGUACCAGAACGAGUGCUAUCGGCGCCAGGCCUCCUGCAAGCAGCAGAGGCUCAUCUCCAGGGUGGCGGACGGCCCGUGUUCUCCUGAUGCAGGCUCAGGUUCAGGGGAUCCAGAUGACCAGGAAGGUUCUGCUUCUGACGUGAGCAGGAAGUUCUCCAAGUGCAGCACGUGUAAAUAUGGAGCAGAAUGCGACGAAGACUCGGAAGAUGUCUGGUGCAUCUGCAACAUCGACUGCAGCGGUCACAACCAGAACCCUGUGUGCGCCACCGACGGCAACUCCUACAACAGUCCAUGUUUGGUGCGGGAGGCGUCCUGCAUGAAGCAGGAGCAGAUCGACGUGGAACACCUGGGACGCUGUCGUGCUGACAAAGACAAAGUGGGCAGGAUAGAUGACAGUGGCCCUUUCAAAGUAAAUGUCCUAGAGACCACCGGUUUGGAGCACGGAGACAGCUUCUAUGGGGGCGCCGCCAUGGCUUGUGGUGACUCCUACGCUGGGUUUUGUCUCCAUGGUCGCUGUGAACUACACUACAACACUGCCACCUGCAGAUGUGAGUCGGGCUACAAAGGCGUUCGCUGCGAUGAGCUUCAGCACUUCAAUGUCCUUUACGUGGUUCCUAGUGGACAGAAGCUGCACUACGUCCUCAUCGCUUCCGUCAUCGGCGCCGUGCAGAUCGCCAUCAUCGUCGCUGUGGUGAUGUGCAUCAGCAGGAAAUGUCCCAAAAACAAGCGGGGAGCACGCCGGCACAAACACAACGUGGGCGGACACUUUUCAUCCUCGGACACAAACUCUGGGAUGAUUUAACCGCCAUCUUUUUUGUACAAGAACCUUUUUGUCCUGGAACUUCUGUGGGACACUUUGUGGAAUGUGAUCAGGAAUGUUUGGACCUCAUUGAAUGUGCUCAGCGCUGAAGACAUUGUAAAAAUCAUCAAUCAUCAUGCUUUCUUAUUAUCGCUGUGACUUUGUUGGCAUGAUGACUGCUGUCAAGUGUCCCGUGUGUCCCAGACCGUCCCCAAACGCAGCUUUUCUUUCACCCUGCUGGGGAACGUGACCCAAUACUUAUGUGCUGCAAGCAAACUGUCCACCAAGGGGUGCUAAAGUCUCCUUCAUACCUGACGUUUCCACCUACAGUAUUUAAGCCAAAUCUAAAGCAUUGAUUUACAUUGUUUGCAUCAAUCAACCUUUUUGUUGUGCUUACUUUAAAAAUGACUCAUCCAAAGAUAAUUAAGAUGAUAAAACAAAUAAGUUCCACUUUGGGUUAGCGGUGAUGCUAACUCAUUUUAGCUUGACUCUCUCAAAAGACAGCUGGCUUGUGUGCUCGAGUCAUUUGAAGCGGUCCUGGCUGGUCCACACCGAUGCAAUUCCUUAGCUAGCUACAGUGGGGCAAAAAAGUAUUUAGUCAGCCACCGAUUGUCCAAGUUCUCCCACUUAAAAUGAUGACAGAGGUCUGUAAUUUUCAUCAUAGGUACACUUCAACUGUGAGAGACAAAAUGUUCUAGUUUGGUUUCAUCUGACCACAUUCUCCCAAUCCUCUGCUGUAUCAUCCAUGUAUCCAUUUUGGUAUAAACUCAACUCGUCGUGUUUGGAGGAAGAAGAAUACUGAGUUGCAUCCCAAGAACACCAUACCUACUGUGAAGCAUAACAUGGAAACAUCAUGCUUUGGGGCUUUUUUUCUGCUAAGGGGACAGGACGAUUGAUCCAUGUUAAGGAAAGAAUGAAUGGGGCCAUGUAUCGUGAGAUAUUGAGCCAAAACCUUCCAUCAGUGAGAGCUUUGAAUAGUUGACCAAAUACUUAUUUUCCACCAUAAUUUUCAAAUAUUGUCUUUAAUAUCCUACAAUGUGAAUUCCUGUUUUUUUUUUCCCCCAUUCUGUCUCACAGUUGAAGUGUACCUAUGAUGAAAAUUACAGACCUCUGUCAUCAUUUUAAGUAGGAGAACUUGCACAAUCGGUGGCUGACUAAAUACUUGUUUGCCCCACUGUAUGUGGUCAUUUGCAGCCGAUGAAAAGCACAAAUGUUAAAGAAGUGAAUUCCAGGGACAAUCACGUAUGUUCGUUGUAUCUCAAAGGACGUUCUAGAGUUGUCCACCACGUCUUUUCAUGUCGUACUACGUGGACAUUAAAAUGGUAUCUUUUUUUUUUUCUUUCUGCGUUUUAUUAGCACCAGCAACCCCCGUCUGCCCCUACCUUCCCCUUGUCUUGUCUCGUGGGCGUGUCUUAACGUUACUAGAAAGUCUUGAAGUUGUUGCAUGGAUACUUUUGGAAUUAAUAAAAUCCCUUUUCUUUAUAAACAAACAAA